AUCUUCUGAAUAUCCAAUCCAUCCAUCAUUUUUUCCAGCUCGUUUUAGACCAUGGUCCAAAAAAUAAAGCAGAUUCAAAUCUCAAGUGGACCACACCACAGGAAACAGUGUUCAUUGACCAUUAAAAACUUCGGGUGGGCCACAUAAGUUUUGUAUUAAGAUGAUAUUUGUAUUUCCCAUCAUCCAGGUCUGUUUAACAUUAUCAACAGUUUGGAUGGCCAAUAAACAUAAUGUUGGGUCCCAGGAAUUUAUUAAUGGUGGCCAUUCAAUGACCACUGUUUUCUGUGGUGUGGUCCACUUGAGAUUUGAAACAACUUCAUUUUUUGAAUUAUAUUCUAAAAUAGCUGAAAAAACUGAUGGACGGAUUGGAUAUAAAACGAAUCCAUCAAGUUGGGCCCCACUGUCAGUAACACACCCACUUUAGUGGCUACCAUUGUAAUUUCCACCUCCCAUGUCCCACAUUUACAUCAUCAUCUCCUUCUAUAACAAUCUAAAUUCCAUGGAUUUCUCUCCUUUGAAUUCAUCCCAUUGGAAUUUGUUGCCUUAGUGGAGUAGUUGUGUUCUCAUCUACGAGUCCCACAUAAGAAACCAAUCCUCACCAUUGAUCUCUUUCUUCUUCUCCGAUCACUGCCAAUAUGUCGUCCAUCGUUGGAAGCAACAACAUGGGUACUCCUUUUUUCCAUGAAUUGAAGAAGCAAGCAUCUUUCUUUCUCAGAGAGAAGAUCAAGACAGCCCGGUUGGCGCUGACCGAUGUAACCCCGGCCGAACUACUGACGGAAGAGGCGACGAAUGGGAAUCCAUGGGCGCCUGACACACGAACCAUGGGAUUGAUAUCGCGGGCUGCAUUCGAAAUCGAUGAUUAUUGGAGAAUUGUGGAGAUUCUGCAUAAAAGGUUAGCAAGAUAUGAUAUAAAGCAUUGGAGAGAGUCUUACCAGGCUUUGGUAUUGCUAGAACACCUUAUAACACAUGGGCCGGAGAGCGUUGCAGCAGAGUUUCGGAGCGAUCAAGACGUUAUUCGGGAAUUGGAGAGCUUUCAAUACAUCGACGAAAGAGGAUUCAAUUGGGGUCUGACAGUAAGAAAAAAAUCUGAGAGGAUACUUCAGCUGCUGGAGAAAGGACCUCUCCUGAAAGAAGAACGUGAUCGAGCUCGUAAGCUUACUCGCGGGAUCGAAGGAUUCGGGAGUUUCUGCCAACGAUCAUCCUCUUCAGCAGACAAAGAACAGUCUUUCAAUACUUAUGGGAGGUGUAAUUCUCAUUAUUCUGGUUACAGCCGAGAGGAAGAUCUGCUUUCGUCCUUGAAAGAGGGAGGUUCUAUCAAGCAGGACAAAAGCAAUGAACAGAACAAAGAGAUCUUCAGCUCCUUUGAUCAAGAUAAGGAAAUGGAGAAUUCAAAUCCUUCGGGCAGUUUCAAUAGACUCCAGAUUUUCAAGAAUGAAGAAUUCUUACGGCAACCGCUCAAAGAAAAUAAGGCCCAUCGGAGCUUACAGAAUAGCAGGAAGGUGAGUACAACUCCUAUGAAGAAACACCUGCCGGAAGAAUUCAACAAGCAGAAUCAAGGGCAGGCACCAAACCCACUUCUGGAUUUGAAGAAAAACAAUCCAAAGAUUGAAUCUUCAGUAGAAGAAGAUCACCCAUUUAGCACUUACGAAAAUCAGACAACUGCAUCGCUUCUUUCUCUGAGUUAGAGAUGAGAUAAUCUUACUUGUUGGAAGUUUCUCGCUUUCAGGACCAUGGUCAGGGAUGUCUGAAUUCGACUAUAAAGAUGAAUAUAUGAUUUGGGAUUUCAACCUGGCGAUCUGUCAUGUGGUGUGCUUGCAGAUGCUAGUCUGUGUUUGGGAUGUACCAGUGAAUUGAAUUGCGAUUCAGUUCAAUUGAAACGCACUUUCGAAUGUCUGAAUUUCAGUAUAAAGAUGAAAUAGGAUUUGGGAUUUCAAUCUCAGAGUCUGCAGAUUUAGUUACACAGCCAGACUGUGUUUAGAUGUGCCAGUGAGUUGAAUUGUGAUUCGGGUGAAUUGAGGUGAAAUGAAGUUUCCUAGUAUUCCUAGUGAGGAGUAGCCCUCUCUAAUUUCGGGUUAUAUUUCCUUCAGGUCCAGCUUGGAAGAAACAUAUUUGUAAUUUGGAUCCUAAAUUCUCAAUAUGUAUGCUGCUUAAUGAAACUAGUAAUUGCAAUUCAA